UGUGAUGAUGAUGAAGAUUGUGAUGAAGAAGAUUGUGAUGAUGAUGAAGAUGAUGAUGAAGAAGAUUGUGAUGAUGAUGAAGAUGAUGAAGAUUGUGAUGAUGAUGAUGAUGAAGAAGAUUGUGAUGAUGAUGAAGAUUGCGAUGAUGAUGAUGAAGAUGAUGAAGAUUGUGAUGAUGAUGAAGAUGAUGAAGAUUGUGAUGAUGAUGAUGAUGAUGAUGAUGAUGAUGAAGAUGAUGAUGAUGAAGAUUGUGAUGAUGAUGAAGAUUGUGAUGAUGAUGAUGAAGAUGAUGAAGAUUGUGAUGAUGAUGAUGAUGAAGAUGAUGAAGAUUGUGAUGAUGAUGAAGAUGAUGAUGAAGAUGAAGAUGAUAGUGAUGAAGAUUGUGAUGAUGAUGAUGAUGAAGAUUGUGAUGAUGAUGAAGAUGAUGAAGAUUGUGAUGAUGAUGAUGAAGAUUGUGAUGAUGAUGAAGAUUGUGAUGAUGAUGAUGAUGAAGAUUGUGAUGAUGAUGAUGAAGAUUGUGAUGAUGAUGAAGAUGAAGAUUGUGAUGAUGAUGAUGAAGAUUGUGAUGAUGAUGAAGAUGGUGAUGAUGAUGAAGAUUAUGAUGAUGAUGAUGAUGAUGAUGAUUGUGAUGAUGAUGAUGAAGAUGAUGAAGAUUGUGAUGAGGAUGAUGAUGAUGAUGAUGAUGAAGAUGAUGACGAUUGUGAUGAUGAU